CGUCCCCGUCGGGGCUCCGAGGGUCCCCGAGCCGUCCGCGGCUCGGCCAUGGCGGGCGCCAGGCCCGGCGUCCACGCGCUGCAGCUGGAGCCGCCCACCGUGGUGGAGACCCUGCGGCGCGGGAGUAAGUUCAUCAAAUGGGACGAGGAGGCCUCCAGUCGGAACCUGGUGACCCUGCGUGUGGACCCCAAUGGCUUCUUUUUAUACUGGACAGGACCCAACAUGGAGGUGGACACACUGGACAUUAGUUCAAUCAGGGACACUCGGACGGGCCGCUAUGCCCGCCUGCCCAAGGACCCCAAGAUUCGGGAAGUGCUGGGCUUUGGGGGCCCAGAUGCCCGGCUGGAGGAGAAGCUGAUGACUGUGGUGGCCGGGCCUGACCCGGUGAACACCACUUUCUUGAACUUCAUGGCGGUGCAGGAUGACACAGUGAAGGUCUGGUCUGAGGAGCUGUUUAAGCUGGCUAUGAACAUCCUGGCUCAGAACGCCUCUCGGAAUACCUUCCUGCGUAAAGCAUACACAAAACUAAAGCUGCAGGUGAACCAGGAUGGACGGAUUCCAGUCAAGAACAUCCUGAAGAUGUUCUCAGCGGACAAGAAGCGGGUGGAGACAGCGCUGGAAUCCUGUGGUCUCAAUUUCAACCGGAGUGAGUCCAUCCGGCCUGAUGAGUUUUCCUUGGAAAUCUUCGAGCGGUUCCUGAACAAGCUGUGUCUGCGGCCAGACAUUGACAAGAUCCUGCUGGAGAUAGGUGCCAAGGGCAAGCCAUACCUGACCCUGGAGCAGCUCAUGGACUUCAUCAACCAGAAGCAAAGGGACCCGAGACUGAAUGAGGUUCUCUACCCGCCCCUGCGGCCCUCACAGGCCCGGCUGCUCAUCGAGAAGUAUGAACCUAACCAGCAAUUCCUGGAGCGCGACCAGAUGUCUAUGGAGGGUUUCAGCCGCUACCUGGGUGGGGAGGAGAACGGCAUCUUGCCGCUGGAGGCCCUGGAUCUGAGCAUGGACAUGACCCAGCCGCUGAGCUCCUACUUCAUCAACUCCUCUCACAACACCUACCUCACAGCGGGGCAGCUGGCUGGGACCUCGUCGGUGGAGAUGUACCGCCAGGCGCUGCUGUGGGGCUGCCGCUGUGUGGAGCUGGACGUGUGGAAGGGGCGGCCCCCCGAAGAGGAGCCCUUCAUCACCCAUGGCUUCACCAUGACCACCGAGGUGCCCCUGCGAGACGUGCUGGAGGCCAUCGCCGAAACCGCCUUCAAGACCUCGCCCUACCCCGUCAUUCUCUCCUUCGAGAACCACGUGGACUCGGCGAAGCAGCAGGCCAAGAUGGCCGAGUACUGUCGCUCCAUCUUUGGGGACGCGUUGCUCAUUGACCCCCUGGACAAGUACCCGCUGGCCCCGGGGGUCCCCCUGCCCAGCCCCCAAGACCUGAUGGGCCGCAUCCUGGUGAAGAACAAGAAGCGACACCGGCCCAGCACCGGUGUCCCGGGCAGCUCCGUGCGCAAGCGGCCGCUGGAGCAGAGCAACUCGGCACUGAGCGAAGGCUCUGCUGCCACCGAGCCCUCCUCGCCCCAGCUCGGGUCCCCCAGCUCUGACAGCUGCCCAGGCCUGAGCAAUGGGGAAGAGAUGGGGCUGGAGAAGCCCAGACUGGAGCCCCAGAAGUCCCUAGGUGAGGAGAGCCUGCCCCGGGGCCCUGAUGUUCUUGGACCUGCAGACCGUGAAGAUGACGAGGAAGAGGAAGAAGAGGAGGAAUCAACAGACCCCAAAAAGCCAACCACAGAUGAGGGCACAGCCAGCAGUGAGGUGAAUGCCACUGAGGAGAUGUCGACUCUUGUGAACUACAUUGAACCUGUCAAGUUCAAGUCCUUCGAGGCUGCUCGCAAGAGGAACAAGUGCUUUGAGAUGUCGUCCUUUGUGGAGACCAAGGCCAUGGAGCAGCUGACCAAGAGCCCCCUGGAGUUUGUGGAAUACAACAAGCAGCAGCUGAGCCGCAUCUACCCCAAGGGCACCCGGGUAGACUCGUCCAACUACAUGCCCCAGCUCUUCUGGAACGUGGGCUGCCAGCUUGUUGCGCUCAACUUCCAGACCCUGGACGUGCCCAUGCAGCUCAACGCAGGUGUGUUUGAGUACAAUGGGCGAAGUGGGUACUUGCUCAAGCCCGAGUUCAUGAGGCGGCCGGACAAGACCUUCGACCCCUUCACCGAGGUCAUCGUGGAUGGCAUUGUGGCCAAUGCCCUGCGGGUCAAGGUGAUCUCGGGGCAGUUCCUGUCCGACAGGAAGGUGGGCAUCUACGUGGAGGUGGACAUGUUUGGUCUCCCAGUGGACACGCGGCGCAAAUACCGCACACGGACCUCACAGGGGAACUCAUUCAACCCCGUGUGGGACGAGGAGCCCUUCGACUUCCCCAAGGUAGUGCUGCCCACUCUGGCUUCACUUCGUGUGGCAGCAUUUGAGGAAGGUGGCAGAUUCGUGGGGCACCGGGUCUUGCCUGUGGCUGCGAUCCGCUCAGGGUACCACUAUGUCUGCCUGCGAAACGAAGCCAACCAGCCGCUCUGCCUGCCAGCCCUGCUCAUCUACACUGAGGCCUCGGACUACAUCCCCGACGACCACCAGGACUAUGCAGAGGCCCUGAUCAACCCCAUCAAACAUGUCAGCCUGAUGGACCAGCGGGCCAAGCAGCUGGCCGCGCUCAUUGGGGAGAGCGAGGCUCAGGCUGGCCCAGAAUCAAGCCAGGAGUCCCAGUCUCAGCAGGCAGGGUCCCAGAUCUCUUCGAACCCCACCCCUUGCCCACUGGACACCAGCCCCCGCCGGCCCCCAGGGCCAGCCACCUCCCCCACCAACACCUCCCUCAGCAGCCCAGGACAGCGGGAUGAUCUCAUCGCCAGCAUCCUUUCAGAGGUGGCUCCCACCCCUCUGGAGGAGCUCCGGGCCCACAAGUCCCUCGUGAAGCUGCGAGCCCGGCAGGAUCGAGACCUGCGGGAGCUCCACAAGAAGCACCAGCGGAAGGCCGUGGCCCUCACCCGCCGCUUGCUCGAUGGCCUCGCCCAGGCACGGGCCGAGGGCAGGUGCCGGCCUGGGCCAGGUGUCCUGGGUGGAGCCACUGAUGUGGAAGAUGUGAAGGAAGAGGAAGAGGCAAAGCAGUAUCGAGAGUUCCAGAACAGGCAGGUGCAGAGCUUGCUUGAGCUGAGGGAGGCCCAGGCAGACACAGAGGCUGAAAGGAGGCUGGAGCACCUGAGACAGGCUCAGCAGCGACUCAGGGAGAUUGUCCUGGAUGCACAUACAACUCAAUUCAAAAGACUGAAGGAGAUGAAUGAAAGGGAGAAGAAAGAGCUGCAGAAGAUUCUGGAUAGGAAACGCCACAACAGCAUUACAGAGGCCAAGACGAGAGAGAAACAUAAGAAGGAGGCGGAGCUGACAGAAAUCAACCGGAGGCAUAUCACUGAAUCGGUCAACUCCAUCCGUAGACUGGAGGAGGCGCAGAAGCAGCGGCAUGAGCGCCUGGUGGCUGGGCAGCAGCAGGUCCUCCAGCAAUUGGCAGAAGAAGAGCCCAAGCUGCUAGCCCAGCUGACCCAGGAGUGUCAGGAGCAGCGGGCCAGGCUGCCCCAGGAGAUCCGCAGGAGCCUGCUGGGCGAGACGCCAGAAGGACUGGGGGACAGGUCCCUAGUGGCCUGUGCCAGCAACGGCCAUGCGCCAGGGAGCAGCGGGCAUCUGUCCGGCGCUGACUCGGAGAGCCAGGAGGAGAACACACACCUCUGAAUUGGCUGAGCAAGAGGUGGCCACAGGGCCAGGGCGGGCACUGGGAAGAGGGCUGGAGAAGACACUAAUGCUUCUUUUUUUGUUUUAAAACUUUUUACCUUUAGAAGUUUUUAUUUUUUUAAACCUGGGGUGAGUGCCCCACACUAACUCCCUUCUUUCAUCUUUCUGGGCCUCACUAGUUUCCAGCUUCUCCUUCCUAAUCUCAAGUCUAGAGAAGGGGCCUGGUUGGAUCCUACAACCCCAUGACAUGCAUACUCCUAUGGCAUGUUCCCCUGGCUUCUCAGUGCGCUGGGUGCAGACCCAGAGCUCUGGGCGGCAGGGGGAACCACGUUUCUUCUCCAUUUUUGGGAUUUUUUUUUUUUUACGUAAAUAAAAGUGGAUUUCAGGGAUUCUGUGUGCAGUUUGGUUCAAGGUAAGAGGACUUUGGG